UCUAGUGAAAUUGAUUGAAAUUCAAAUUGAGUUCAAUUUUAGGAAAAUGGAUGAAAGGAAACAACGUGUGAAGCAAGCGCGUGCUUCAGUACGGCUUAGUACCCAAGGAGAGAAUCGUGCAAGGCGAGAAAGAGUAACGCUGGAGAACUUGUUUUAUGAAAGUUUCAACGAAGAGCUACCGUAUCCACUAACUGAGAUUCCAUUACACCGACAUGAAGAUUAUCACAUACCAUUUAAAACGGCUAAAUGGCAAGAAUGGUGGGGAGAAGGAUUUUACAGAAGAGAUGGGAAUGAUACACCGAGAAGUCUGGAGCCAGAAGUGACUGCGCUCCAAGAGCUAUUCGCUGGAGUUAAGCGUAGAAAUCAGGAGAAUAAUCUUCAGUGGCGUAAAGAUCUUACGGAAUAUUUACUGGUAGUAGAAACAGCGUGUUCAAAACCGCCUGAAUUGUCAGACGAAUACAUAAACUUUCCUGGAACAUUUGACAUACCGUUCAAAAGCGAUGAAUAUAAAUACUGGUGGGAUCGGUGUAUCUAUGAUGAAAAUAAUAUACCUACUUAUAUGUAUGAAAAUUAGAAUGAACAAAAACUAUGAACACUCAUCUACCUCGAUUGAUAUACAUGUUUUGGGAAUAUUGUGAAUAAAAAAGUCAUUCAAGUUUAUUCAUAAGAAAAUUAUGUUUUUUUUUCAACAUUUCCUUACAUAGCAGUUAUUCGAAUAUUACAGUUUGGUCGACAAUUACAAACAACAUUGAUAUUCAUUUCACAAUUUUUUUUCACUUGUUCAACUCGUUGAA